AACAGUGCAGUCUUGAUUGCAGUCGUGGAAGCGGUUUUCGAGAAGGUGUUGUGCAAGUUGAUUGAGCGGGCUGCGGGGAGGAGGAGGAGUGAACGUUUUCGGAGGUCCCGGGGGAUGUAGUGAGUACAUUUGUGGCGGAACGCUGAAGAACAACUGCCAGGAAGUACCGAAGCUGUCUUGCUGGUGCUGGUCAAGCUGGCUGUGACCGUGAUGCGUCCCGUGGGAAAAAAACCGUGCACUUCCCGGCCAACCAAUUCCGAGCGUUACGUCGUGUGCCAGGAGCGCCUCAACAAGUGUCUGGACAUGGGCGAGUUCCUUUUCUGUGCGACUACGACCAGGUCCGACAUUCUGGUGUCGGAGGAUUUGAUUCAAAACGACGCUUCCAAGUCACUUGAAACUUAAACAACAAACUGGCCAGCCACCAGAUCGACAAUCUAAAAGCGAUUAUCGACGCCCUGCAGUCCAGUUACCUGCCGAAACCGGUCGUCCACGACAUUGUCAAAGAAACGAUGUGGCGCUUCUGGAAGUUGGACCAUAAAUCGGCGCUCGCUCCGACCGCGGACGCCAAGACCAAGUCGGCCCUGGAAUACGUCGCUCGAUUCGUGGACGCCAAAACGCUCGAACUGUUCUGCUCGUCCGGAAACAUCCUAAACGGCAGUCGUCCCCUGCGACAGACCUCUGGCUAACCGAACGACUGGAGAUUUGUGGCGCUGAACGUGUCCGUCGACGAGAACAUGAACAACCGCACCAUGUUCGUGAGCAUGGACAACGGAAAUGUGCUCCUUUUUUAGUAUUAGUUCAUUCUUUCGCCGCGAACGGAGAAAUUGUCGAGGAAAUUCAAGUCUGGACAACCGGGAAACUCGCGUGUAUGCUCUCUAAAUCAUGAAGCAAUCAUCCUCGGUGGCGUCGACGACCAGGCCUUCCCGCUGGCCAAGCGCCCCAAGUUCGCCACCGCGCUGUGCCACCUCAGCACCAACCCAGCCCGCCCGGUUCCGAUACGCGCUCGCCGAGAUAGAGCACUUCUUCGCGAAUGUGACCAUCUACACGCUCGAGAGCGGCACCAAGGAUGAGGAUGUGCCGUCGAGCGGUUCAAGCCGCGCAAAACCCAGCGCUUUUAAAGGAUUCUUAGACCUAACUUGCACGAUUUGUCUGAGAGGAGGGGUUCAUCACGGAGUGUAUUUCGAAAACCUCAAGUCGAGCACGAUUAUUAUCAGUUCAGAUCGAAGCCGUAGUACCUACGAGUUGAAACCUCCGUCCAGACCGAACGAAGUCACACACCACUCACGGAGCGAUCAGCGCCGAGCCGUAAAAACCGCCCAAAACUCUCGCUGCUCAGGAGCCAACCAAAUUGCAAGUUAAACCGUAAGACACAAGAGGCGGGAGACAAGUUCAUUUAUUUUUUGAUCAUGAAGAUGACCAAGUUAACUUACGU